UGUCUCCUAAUGCUUUUGUUUCACUUUUAUAGCUACUAUUUCAAUCCUUUUUUUUUUCUUUUUCUGUUUUCAUUUCUUGUUUUAAGCCUACUUUUGCUUUCUGAACCAUCUUGUUUUUAAUCUCUUGUGUUCCCUACUCUUCUUCUUUUUAACAAUUUGUUUUAUGAUGUUCAUAGAAAUGUAUACUAUGCCAGACAAAGUCCUUUCAGAGGCCCUCUGCAUUAUUGAAUCCUUGUAAAGCAAUUGGCACAAUGACUGGUACAGUGAACUUCAGAAUUGACAAACAUCACCAUGAUCAAUCCUAGCACUCCAGGGCAUCAUUUCACCUAUCUAGAUUUACAUGGCUAAUAAAACCAUAAAGUUUUUUACCCAAUCUUUUUGAACUAGAAAUAUAUAUAGUCAGAGAGCUGGUAGAAAGAGAAUGAGGAAGAAGUUCAUUUCAGUAAAGAGUAAUGUAGUUCUGAAUCCCUACCAAGUAUCAGCUAAGAUUCUAGGUUGUAGACCUUGCCAGUUAGAAGUCACUUAACUUAACUUGAGAUUUUUCAGCUCUUCAAAAUACAAGUUUAUUGAACACUCUAGAAAUUCUUCUUGUAAGGCAUAAGAAGUUCAUCCAGGAAUUCAACAAUGAGAAAUACAAAAUCUGCUUGAUGUGUAGGGAUGAAUCACUGCCAUUUCUUACAAGUAAAGACAUGUACUCUAGAGUCAAACUGACUUGAGAUUGAACCUUGGCUCUCCUGAGGCAGAGCGUGCUGUGCUGGAGGUAAACAAAGACCGAUGAUGGAGGACACUGGGACAAAACAGUGAUGCAAGGACUGAGUUCAGGCCUGGUCUUUAGUGUGGUAGGAAGGUGCUGGGAUGAGGCUGAAUCCAGUGUACUGGCUCUGAUGGGGCCAUGAAGAUCCAGAGCUGUAGGAGUGGCAUGUUGGAGAAUAAGCACACAGGGACCAGGGUCAGGGAGGGAGUCACAGACACCUGGAGGACACGGAGCCCUUUUGUUUGUUUCCUUGUCCACAGCUACACUCAAUGCAGGCAGAUGUAGGCAGGGGCGGGGUCUACACAGGCCACUUUCUCUAUUAGAUAGGAAGGACUUUGAUUAGGGACUGUACAGUGUACUCUGACUGGUGUUUGCUCAUCCCUGCACACAUGUGCAUGGUCAUAAAGACACCCACAUGCUCUGUCCCUCCUGCCUGCCCCACUCAACUGUCUUACUGUGCACUCAUUCUCACAUCCACUCUCUCACUGUCACUAAACUCUAAGUUCUUAGAGCCAAGUCAGGGUCACGUGUUUGUCCUCAAAUCUUACAUAAUUCCUGGCAAAUUCCCUGCCCCACUCAAAAGCUUUGUCACUUUGGCUGCGUUACUUCAGCUCAGACUCAUUUUCAUUUUCUGAAAGACGAGGAAAAACUUACUUAAAAACCUUACUACCAUAGGGUGGUUAUAGGAUUAAUGAGAUAAAACAUGCGGGAAUUUGGCUUUCUGUGACCCCGAGUGCCUUCUCCCCACAUGUGCGUGGGUGCUUGUUCUUUCUGCCACGAUGAAUGCACAUCCACGGCCCUUUGCACACAAAGCUUGUUGAUUCCUUGACACUUGCUGAGUGGCUGUGCUCCUGGACCAGAAAACAAAGCGCCUUUCACACGGCUGCUUUCAUUCUUCCCCACAGAACCCUUUGAGACAGGAAUAACUUUCUCCCUUUUACAGAUGGGGAGCUGAGACCCAAAACGUGAAGCGACUUUCCAAGAGCCCACAGCAACUGAAAUGCAGAGCCGAGAUUCUGGCAUCACUCCAGCGCUAGAGAACUUUUCUCCAUGCCUGGUCCACCCUGUAGUGCACCUUCUGUUGUCGAGCACGUGUUUCUAUUAUCUAUGGCCAGUGUAGGAAGGGGGCGUUCUCUUUGAUUAAACAGAUGAUAUGAGUUACUAAGAAGUCCCUGCUUGCUACACAGACUUAUACUAAACAUAUCUCAGCCUUGAGUGGGGGUUCGGAUGUGCUGAAUUCUCUCUCUUGGCUAGACUCUAGGAUGCUUAAAGUUAGAGACCUUAUUUAUAUUAUUUCAGUUAGAUCCUCAUGCCUUGCUCUAGUGACACAUGCUGGAUGCUCACUCAAUUCAUGCUGGGUGAAUAUAUGAAUGGAUGUUUAUAAGGAACCUUGCACAUCCUGAAGUGAAUUGACUCUGAGUCUUCUUCAAAGGAGAAGAAAGGAAAUGAAAACAUUCCCAUCAGACCAAGUUGGGCACACGCAUGUUGGUAUGUGCAUGUUCAGCUGUGACUACUUAACUGUUUUUCAGUUUGUAAAGAAAUAUGGGAACCUUGUCAGCCUGGACUUCGGAUACAUGUCUUCCGUUGUUAUUACUGGAUUGCCCUUGAUCAAAGAAGCCCUCAUCCACAUGGACCAACACUUUGUGAACCGCCCUGUUUUCCCUCUCCAAGAACGGAUCUUUAAGGGAAAUGGAUUGAUCAUGUCCAAUGGCCAGGUGUGGAAAGAGCAAACAAGGUUCGCCCUGACAGCGCUAAGGAACUUUGGUCUGGGAAAGAAGAGCCUAGAGGAACGCAUUCAGGAGGAGGCCCGCCACCUCACUGAGGCAAUCAAGGAGGAGAAUGGACAGCCUUUUGACCCUCACUUCAAAAUCAACAAUGCAGUUUCCAACAUCAUUUGCUCCAUCACCUUUGGGAAGUGAUUUGAGUACCAGGAUGGCCAAUUUCAGGAGCUGCUGAGGUUACUGGAUGACGCCACAUAUAUGAGUGGUUUAAUAUCUUGCCAGCUCUACAGUAUCUUCCCACGGAUAAUGGAAUUCCUUCCCGGAUCCCACCAAACUGUCUUCAGAAACUGGGAAAAACUGAAAUUGUUUGUUUCUCAAAUGAUUGAAAAACACAAGAAAGAUUGGAAUCCUGAUGAAACAAGAGACUUUAUCGAUGCUUACCUCAAGGAAAUGGCCAAGAAUGCAGAGAAGGCUACUUCAAGUUUCCAUGAAGAUAACCUCAUCAUUAGCACUCUGGACCUCUUCUUUGCUGGAACCGAGACAACUUCUACGACCCUGCGCUGGGCUCUGCUUUACCUGGCCCUCCACCCAGAAAUCCAAGAAAAAGUACAUGCUGAGAUUGACAGAGUGAUUGGCCAGGAGCAGCAGCCCAGUGUGGCCGCCCGGGACUCCAUGCCCUACACCAAUGCCGUCAUCCACGAGGUGCAGAGGAUGGGCAACAUCAUCCCCCUGAACGUGCCCCGGGAAGUGACAGCCAAUACCACCUUGGCUGGGUACCACCUGCCCAAGGGGACUAUGAUCAUGACCAACUUGACUGCGCUGCACAGGGACCCCGCAGAGUGGGACCCGGACACGUUCAAUCCCGAGCAUUUUCUGGAAAAUGGACAGUUUAAGAAAAGGGAAGCCUUCCUGCCUUUCUCAAUAGGAAAGCGGGCAUGCCUUGGAGAACAGUUGGCCAAGUCUGAGCUCUUUAUUUUCUUCACUUCCCUUAUGCAAAAAUUUACCUUCAUGCCCCCAAACAAUGAGAAGCUGAGCCUGAAAUUCAGAAUGAGCAUCACCGUCUCUCCAGUCAAACACCGCCUCUGCGCUGCUCCUCGGGCGUGACAUGGCAGGGAAGAAAUGGAUAAAGGGAAGUAAGAAGAAUGGGCAUGUGUUCUAAAGACACUGGUCACUGCAGAGGUGUGAGGGGACAUGUGGCCCUGGGGAAAGAUAAGAAGAAAUGGACUGCGAGGAAACUAUAUCCAAUUCUGAGCUCUGCUGUCUCAUCUGAAUUGGCCUUGGGAAAAUCAUUUCUGUGCUGAACAAUUUACCUUUUCAUCUGGGAGAGAAAAGUGGACAAUGAUUCCUUCCCUAAAGAAAGUUCUUGUGAGAAUCAAAGGAAAUAAUGGCCUUUAAGUGAUUUGUAAGCCAUAAAGCACAUCACAAAAGUUACAGCAGUAGUGUGCCUCUGCCCAGCUUCCAUUGUUAGAUGUGUAUUUGCUUCUGGCCUGCUGAGAGAGCUUAGGUCAAAGUGGUGCAAAAUAGUAAAUAGGAUUUAAAAAUGGGCCCUCGGAGCAGCCACAGAGGUGAUCCCUAAAGGCUGUCUCAUUUGCUCCCACUGUGCUCAUUUUAUUUUGUUCAUGCCUCAGAGUGGUUCUCUGAGAAGUUAGUAGGGCAGGUAUUGUUCCCUAUUGAUAGAGAAAGCAAGUGUUGUUGACGCAGUUUCUAUGGAUGACGUAAGGAAACACUACCAUGGCCUUAGAUCCAGGGCUAAGUAGAGUGUGUCCCCAAUAAACCAACCUGGGAAGCAGGUUUGGGGGAAAAAUGUGGAAUAUUUUCUGUCCUUAAGAGUACCUCUUUGCCUUAAAUAUUCCCUCAGGUACCAAUUCUCAGGCUGUUUCACAUUGGAUUUAUCUGUGUGGUAGGCAUGAUCUUUUCUUACAACUAGAUUCUAAGGUUUUGGUGGGCCCUGGGAGAGUAUUUUCUAGCAGGGAAUCAGGAAUGCCACAUACCUGCUCAACCCUUCUGGGUUUAGCUGCUGAGGGGAGACAAUGCUCAUGAAGAGAAGGGCAUUAACGCUAUACUUCAAGGAGAUUUGACCACAGUGCCAAUGCAGACAAACAAAUAAAAUGCCUGGGAAUCUGGGCUACCGCUUAUAAAAAGAUCUCUGUUUUCCUCAAAGUGGUGUCUUAGUCUGUUUUCUGUUGCUAUAACACAAUACCUGAGACUGCAUAAUUUCUACUGAAAAGUUUAUAUGCCGAUGGUUCUGGGUGCUGGAAAGUCCAAAAGGGCAUGGUGGCAGCUUCUGGCAAGAGCUUUUGUACUGUGUCAUAAUAUGGUAGAAGAAAGGAAGGGCAAGCAACUAUGUGCAAAACAGAGAAAGCAUAAGGUGCCGGACUCACUUUAUGGCAGCCCAUUCUCUGGAUCACUAACCCACUUAGGGGGAAAUGACAUUAAUCCAUUUGUGAGGGCUCCACCCUCCUGACUGAAAAACCUUACAUUGGGCCCCACCUCCCAACACUGCAGCAUUGGGUAACAAGUUUCAAUAGAAGCUUUGGAGGGGAGAAAUACCAACACCAUAGGAAAGUGGUUAGACCUAUGUAAUUUCAGUAGCCUAAAACACAGCAUGCCAUGAAGCUAUGGUGCUUAUCCUUCUUGUUUCUUGGGAUUCAGAAAAAAGCCAAUGCAACUGGCACUGUGAGAAUGGGAAACAGAGAAAACGAAUGGGGGAAGGUGUUUGGCUGGAGCCUGCGUAGGUUGGCUGAGACAGCCAAGAAAAAAAUUUGUCUGGAAGAAAUGGUUGGAUUUUUAAUGUGUGGGUGGAGUCUUUGGUCCUUAUUGCCUGUUAGAAGGAAGAAUGGAAGUGAGCGCCCCAUGCAUGUGCACUUUCUUUGUAAACCACUGCAAAGUUGCAUCUAUAGAAAACAGGCCAAGUGAUAGUCUGAGAAUAGAACCAAUUAAAUCAGGCCUUGAACUUGGACUUCCUAAACUUUCAGGACCUUGUCUUCCAUUUUUCCCCCCAAUAAGAUCACCCAAGUAGGAGAUUCAAACGAAAAUUGAUCAAAAUACAUUAUGUGUCUCAGUUUCUUCAUGUGUAAAAUAAAGGAUUUGUUGAAGUCA